AUGUGUUUUAAUUGGUUCGCUAAGGCUAGAAGUCAAAACAUUCCGAUUUCUGGUCCCAUUUUGAAAGCAAAGGCAAUGGAAAUUGCAGGCAAACUGGGUGUACCUAAUUUUAAUGCUUCAGAUGGAUGGUUAAGCAAAAGGCGAAUAAGGAAUAAUGUUUCUUUCAAAUGCGUAUCUGGUGAAGCUGCAGAUAUAAAACAGGAUGGUGUCGAACAGCUUAGGACAAAACUGCCAUCUCUGUUGACCGGUUACAAGCCUCAAGACAUUUACAACGCAGACGAAAGUGGGCUUCUUUUUCGUGCCUUACCUGAGAAAACCCUCGCUCUUAAAUCCGCAAAAUGCGUGGGCGGUACACUAUCAAAGGAAAGACUCACAAUUUUGUUCUGUGCUAACAUGGCUGGAGAUAAGGAGCUGCUUUUGGUUAUAGGUAAAACAGCCCGUCCUCGAUCUUUUAAACAUGAUCCAAUCGCAAAACUGCCAGUGGAUUGGAAGUGUAAUAAAAAAGCAUGGAUGACUCGAGAAGUAAUGAGUGAAUGGCUGCAGCAGUUCAAUCGAAGAAUGAAAGCCCAGAAUCGAAAAAUUAUCUUGUUUUUAGAUAACGCGGCUUCUCACCCAAAGGAAGCUGUGUAUUUCAUCAAAGCAUCUUGGGAUAAAGUGGAAGCCACAACCGUCCGAAAUUGCUUCCGUAAAGCAGGAUUUUUGGAAACUUAUGAGGAUCCUCCAGAUUUUGAUUCUGAAGAUGAUAUUCCACUGGCAAUCUAUACUAGGCUUCAGGAAAGACUAGACUUGGCAAAUGAUUUGGAAGGUUUUCUCCAAAUGGAUCAAAAUGUUUUCACUGAGGACAACAAUAUAGAAAUUCAAUUUGACCAAGAAGAUGAUACUAUGGACAUAAGUGAUUCAGAAGAUGAAUUUUCAGAAGAAAUAAGUGAGCCUAUAACAUCAUAUGAUGAGGUUUUAAAACUUGUUGCGGGCUUGAAAUAA